AUGGAUGGCCGCAGUUGCGCGCCCCCUCCAGGAGGCCCACCAUCGCCAGAGAUUCUAAGAAAUCUCGAGACAUGGCUUGCAUUCUCUGUAUUGGGUUUCGCACUUUCAGCAACGCUCAUUGGGGUUGUCACCGUCCAAACCUUUUUCUACUACAAACGCUUUCCAACCGACCAUCUUUUCUUGAAGAUUACGGUCAUUUUCUUGUGGCAAGUUUCUGCGAUGUACAAAGACCCGAGUGCGCUCAUGCUCAUUCCACACAUGUAUUUUAGGUUAUUACAACCACUUCAAGUAUUAUUGAUGGCGACCGACUUCUAUGCCUUCACAAUAUCUCCUGGUUCCGCAGUUAGCAAAAGAUUGAUCUGGGCUCAAAUAUUCCCGCAAUUCACGAACCUGGUAGCAGUUGUUGUGUCGCAAUCACUCUUCGUCUAUACCACCUUCCGUUGUCAGUGGUCAGUUCUUAACCACAUCUUCAUAUGUUCACAAGAAAUUUUGGCACGACCCUUGAUUUUGGACCGUCCCGAUUCUGUAGUGCUGCGAAACAUAUUCUUGCUGCUCGCUUUAGCUUUUCUAGUGUUAUUCGAGGCUGGUUGGGGGCUUUUUGUCGCCGUAUCAAUAUUACAACGCACAUAUCAAAACCCAAGUGAUCCGCUUUUCGCCUCACGAAUGUGGCAUAGUCGUAUAUUCGUUCUCUCGAAUGCUUUUUGUGAUGUUGUUGUUGCCGGUGCUCUUGCUUGGAGUAUCCAUCGACGAAGGAAUGGAGCCGUGAGCGAUAGCAUUUUGAGAGACAUCAUACUGUACGUUGCUUGUACAGGUAUAUCAACUGCGUCAGUAUCAAUUGUGCUAGCUGCAGGUAUUGUAGUCGCUUCACCGAGGGUCAUCCCAUUCAUUGGGCCAAGUGUUGGCGUUAUUUCAACCAUUGGAUUUCUUUCAAACCUUCACUCCCGUUCGCUUUUGUAUGAUGCCACGACUCAGAGAGGCGGGAUAAGUUUUCUUAUUUCCGUCACCCAUGACGUGCAGCAUGAGUCCGAUCGUGAAGGUCAACCUGAGCUCGAGCUGUGGUCAAGAGUUCCAAGGUUCGAUCAUGAAUACAAUGUGGAGGAAGCAAAAACAUUCAGUGAUAACCCCGCUUUCGAGCGACAGUCCAAAUGUAGGAGGCCAACCUCAAUGCCUGAACACGGGAAUUCUGGUGUAUCGGGGAUUGAAGAGGAGAUUGUAGAGGUUGAUCCUCAGCUUGGGUGUGAAAGGAUGACCAAAUGGUGUCAAUGGUAAUACCGAGCGGCUUGGUUGGCCCCUUAGGCACCAUCACUUAUGGCUUGCAAUUGUGAUUUUUUUUUCCUCUGGUGAACGCCCAAGGGAUUAGAUGGAGGCUGGAAUCAUGAUUGCGGAUUUUGACUUGUUGUCAUGUGUGUUAACGUUCGGUUCUCGUGUUUACUCUUCUCGCUAGCGUAGCCCGGUCACCAUGCACGACCUUGAGAUGACCCUGCGGCGAAUUUGGAGGUUACGGCUUUUUUAUGAGCUAGGGAUGCCUUCUGAGUAGUUGUGAUGCAAACAACACACUGAUCCAUAGGGAUUGGUCUAUUUUUACUUUUUUACUUUUCACGUUUUUACUCUUUUGUACAACGGACUCGCGCAGAAACGCGUAUAAUUUUUUCUCCCCCUCAGAUCUCUUCUAUGUCUUACACAUCAUAACCUUGCGUUUAACUUGUAAUCCCCU